AUACAACUCAACGAUUAGUUUGAUUCUUUUUUAUUUUAAUUUCUAUUUUUAUUUUAGUUUUUUUAUUUUAAAAUUUUACGAUUCAAAUUUUUUUAAAAGGUUGUAAGAAAUAAUAAAGCUUUUCAUUGAAAUGUUCUAUGUAUAUGUUUAAAGAAUAUAAUAAAUUGUUGCGACUGCAAGUUCAGUUGAAGAAAAAUCUAACCUAACCAUAACUACUUUCUUGUAGACCUUUUGUUAUCUUUAUUGUGAAAUAAAAUUGAAUAAAGAUGUGACAAAGUAAAUGUGUGUGAUUAUAUCUGAAAGUAUUUAGAUUAUAUACUACUUAUAGGAAUUUAAAACAAUACGUAAUAAUUUUGCCAAGGAGAAUAGUGAACGACGGAAUUGUUCUAUCAUUUCCAGCGCAAAGAUGAAUAAUUUAAUUCCAAGAGUGAAACGUUACACUUCUAAUGCUACAUUAGCGUGGGAAGCGUUAAACGGCGUAUUUGCUGUUUAUAAACCACCUGUGGUCACGUAUUGCAAUACACGAGACACUAUAAUUCUUCGUCUUUGUAAAGAUUUGAACAAUAUGCAUGUACGCAAACCAAUUAAACAUGUAACCAUAGAAGGCAGUACAAUAGAAAACAUGAAUGUGGUUCUUAAGCCGAGCUAUGCAGAUCAUAUAUUAGUGGUAGGACCACGAUAUCAAAAUAAGGACAUUAAAAUAACAUGUGCUAAUUACCUGGCCAAGGAUAUAUCAGGACUUAUGAUAUGUGGUAUUAAUAGAGGUAGUAAAAAUAUUCAACAAUUGAAUCUUUCUCAACUUCCAAGUAGUUAUAGAAUUAAGGGUUUGUUGGGACAAGCAACAGAUAAUUACUUUUACACUGGAAGAAUUGUCGAGAAGGCUACAUAUAAAUUUGUGAAGCGAAAAAUAAUUGAUCAAUUGUGUGCCUCUAUGCAGGCAGCUCAUCAGAAAACAAUGUUUGAAUUGUGUGGAGUUGAUAUACAAAGUCAAGCUGCAUUUGAGUUAGCUGCACAAGGUUUAGUGAGGCCAAUUGACAAAAAAAUCCCAAUGAUAUAUAGCAUAAAAUGCAUAGAUUUUACACCUCCUGAGUUCACAUUAGAAGUCGUCAGCAUAAAUGAGGACGACAUGUACUUAAAAUCUCUGAUUCAUGAUCUGGGGAUGCAGCUUCAUAGUGUGGCUACAUGCACUCAAAUACAAUGUUUUCGAUAUGCUUUAUUUGAUUUGAAUCUGGCUCUAUUGAAAAAACAUUGGAGUCUACAAAAUAUUUUAGAUAAUAUCGAACAAUGUCAUGAUAUAUUUAGUAAAAACCAAAUGUUAUUGAAACAAAACAAUCCGAUAUUAACGGAAUAAAAUAGCUAAUUAUAAUUAUUUUAAUGCUGUAUAAAUAUACAAUUGUAUAAAAUAAUCAUACAUAUUAUAUUAAGUGCCAUGUUAGCCAUAUUUGAAUGAGUUUUUAUAGGAAUCUAAUCACCAGUUUGUGUAUGACAGUUUGGUUUAUCAGUUAGAAAUAGUUUUAUUGUAUAUUUCUGUAGACACAAUAUAUUAUAAUCUGACUCUGUAUACGUAUACUUGACGAUCAAAGAACUCAAAUACGAUAAGGUUAAUCUUUGAAUUCAGCAUGGCAUUUAAUAUAUGGCGUAUAUAUUGUCAAUAAAAGGAACUAAAAAUAGAGAA